UCUGUUUUUGUGAGGUGGGCGGAGUAGCGGGUGGACGUUGGGUUGGCUGCGAAAAUAAUAAAGAUUUUUUUUUGUGUCGAAUAAAAUCAUCCGCAGAGAAACUUUCCAUUGUGUGCGCGCGAGAUCUCGCUAAUCGUUUCAGAACAGCUGCAGCGCGGUGUUGUUAUCAGCGUCGAUUUGUGUUCGUGUGUGGAGUGCGUGUUCUAAUUAAUGCGGAGAAAACCCAGAAACAGGUUUAAGUCUGCGAAGAGAGACCACGGAAGACCUUGAAGAGCGCUAGCGGGGAAACCGACGACGGAAGGCCAUUACGACACUUUGUGGCACCAGCUGCUGCUGCAAUAUAGUUAGUGGUAGGCCAAGGAGGGCUCAAGACGUAAUCACGGACAUUGUCAUCAUCCAGCGGGGGACAGCAGCUUAGUGUGUCCAUUCCGUAACUAACACCCAGAAGAGAACGAGCCAGUAAAUACAGUCAAGCCAAGAGCAAGGAUGAGUUAUUCCUCGUUCGAGAAUAAUGGGUCCGGAACGGCGGGCCCUACCAACGAGGCCGACUUCCAGAAGUUGGCCCAAACGAUCGCCACCAGCAUUCAGAAGAUUCUGCAAAAUGUUUCAUCGAUGCAACGGAUGGUGAAUCAGUUCGGAACGGCACAGGAUUCCCCCGAGCUAAAGCAGCAACUCCACCAAAUUCGCACGUACACCCAGCGGCUCAUCACCGACACGACGAACCUGCUGAACGAGCUGAUCAACUGCAAGGAGCGCCACCUGAAGAUCCAGCGAGACCGGCUGGUGGACGAGUUCACCGCGGCCCUGACGGCCUUCCAGUCGGUCCAGCGGAAGACGGUCGAUCUGGAGAAGAAUGCCGUCCGGCAAGCGCGCGGAGCUUCCGGAGCGGUUCUCAACAAACCCCCGGGCGGUGGCUCGUCGAACCAUUCCAGCAUGGGCAGCUACGGCAACAGCCACAACCACUCGAGCAGUAGCAACGCGUUCGAGGACAACUUUGUGAGCCAGCGGGGGGGACAAACGCAGGAACAGCUGCAGGAGGAGAUCGACCUGCAAGCGCUGGAGAACCAGGAGCAGACCAUUCGCGAGUUGGAGGAAAACAUUGUGAGUGUAAACGAAAUCUACAAAAAGCUGGGCGCGCUGGUGUACGAGCAGAGCCACACGGUGGACUCGAUCGAGGCGUCGGUGGAGCACACGAGCGUCUUUGUGGCCGAAGGUGUGCAGCAGCUGAAACAGGCGAGCCAUUAUCAGGUGAGUGACAUAGGAAAUAAACUAAUUGGAUUUUUAAACGAUACCUCAAUAAUAGCUGUGUUUGUUGCCGUAAUUUUAGAAUACAAAGAACUUUAAAGUUUUUUUGUAGGA